AACUAUUUUUUGGUUGUGUGUAGUGUAGUCUGGUGUUUAGUUUGGCGUGUAGUGUUUUCGUUUCGGUAAUUCCGUGUUUUCUGUUAUUUCCUUUGAAUUUUAAAAGCAAUUUCUAAUAUCCAAUCCAAUCUGUUUUUGAAUAUAGUUAUAUUUUGUGUUGUGGUGGUGUUGUGCUACAGUGCUAUCCACAAAUCUACAUAGAAUAAUAAAUUAAAAAAAGUCUGUGUUUACAGCUUUAUAAUAAUAUAUUCUAGAUUUAGUUACCCUGUGCUUUAUCUCAUUAUUUUAUGGUUUAUAUAGAAUGUUUAAGAUUAAAAUUGAAAAUCAUCAGAGAAAAGAAAUAAAAACCAUGGAAGUAGACAAUAUUUUUGACUCUAGUUUUUCCUUUGUAUCGAAAGAAAACGAAAAAUUUAUUAAAGAAUUUAUUGAAGUAUUCAAGGAAAAUCCAGUUCUAUGGGAUAAAACACAUCCGAACAACAAAAAUAUGUCAGUAAGGCUUGCUGCUUUGGAUAAUUUACUGAAAAAAAGCCAGGAGUACUUUCCUAAUGCAGACAUAGAUUUCGUUAGACACAGACUUGAGGGACUGAGAAACUCAUUUAGAAGGGAGUAUAGAAAGGUGGUAGCGAGCAAAAAGGCUGGGACAGAAAUCUAUGUACCUAGUUUAUGGUAUUACAAUAUGUUGCUUUUUACUGUAGGAGAAGAGGAAGAAGAAAUACCAGAAAUAACAUAUGAAUUUAAACAUGUUUGGAGCCGAGAAUAUAUAGUGCUUCUAAUUGAAUUGUUUAAAAACCAUCCCAUACUCUACUCUCCCAAAAGUCCACAAAACACAUUAGUCAAAAGGAACAAGGCGUACACUCAAAUUACGAAGAAACUGAUUGCCGAGACAGGAAAGUUCUUUGAAGUUAAAGAGGUGAGGAAAAAAAUUAUGUCGUUAAAAGACCAGUUUAGGAGGGACUUGAAAAACAAACGAGAUUCCUCAUCACUAUGGUGUCACGAAUUGUUAUCGUUCUUGGAAACAGAGUGGUUAGGAAAGAGAGAAAAGAUUAAAGAUGAUAGUUCUGAGGAUGACAUUGAAAAUACUAGAGAAUUGAGGUCCGAUGUAAGUCAAAAAUCUAAAAAUUUCCAGAAAAAUAACAGAAACUAUGACAGCGAUGAAAAAGAGGCUAAAAUAUUUGUGGAAGAAAAUUACGAUGAUAUUUUUGAUGCAAUUGGGAAAACUGUUGCCAUAAAGUUGAGAGAUAUGAGCGAUGAACAAAGGAAAUAUGCAGAAACUAUAAUAAAUGACUUAAUGUAUAAUGGGUUAAUGGAGAAAUUGACACCUCAGUCCAGACUCGCAUUAGAUGCUUUAUAAAUAA